UUAGGUUGCGAUAACUGCAACUUUAUCUUCAGAAUGGCAAGGCUGUGGGUAUCCCCUCGUGAAGGUUCUAUCUUUCGGCAUUGUCUAUAAAUAGCCUCCCCGCAUCGCCCAUCAUCUCCAACCUCGAGAAUUCAGGGACCUUGACCGAACUGUAGGAAUCUGAGGAGUGAUGGACAACAGGAGAGAGUCCUCAGAGACCUUGAGGAAUAAAUGUGCGGCCUGCUUUAGGCAGUACAACAGGAUGGAGCACCUGGUAGAGCACAUGAAGGUCUCCUACCACUCCGUCCACGAGCCCAAGUGCGGCGUCUGCCAGAAGCACUGCCGCUCGUUGGAGUCGCUCAGGGAGCACCUCAUCGGGCCACUGCCGAAGGUGGAGUGCGCGCAAGUCUUCAGCGUUCGUGGCUGCAGCAUCUGCCUCAACAUCUUCGACAGCAACACUGCCGUCAGAUAUCACCGUGCUGCCUGCCAAUACUCUCGUGCCACUCCGGUGAUGAUGCCUAGGGGUGCCAUAAGUGGUCGUGCGGUUGCUCUGGCUUGUAAAAUGGUUGGGGGAGGGAGUGACGGCUCAGCCGACCUUUGUGCAAGGGUUUGCCUCAUUGGAGAAGACGAGAACAUCAUCUUCCAGACCUAUGUCAAACCUACAGCUCCUGUCACCAACUACAAGUACGAAGUGACAGGGAUAAGGCCAGAGUACUUGAGGGACGCAAUGCCACUGAAGCUUGUGCAGAGGAGGAUCCAAGACAUCCUGUGCAACGGGGAGCCUCUGUGGAAGUUACGCCCAAGGAGUUCUGGAAGGGCAAGGAUCCUUGUUGGCCAUGGCCUGGACCAUGAUCUUGAGCGCAUAGGGUUGGAGUACCCGGCAUUCAUGAUCAGGGAUACUGCAAAGUACCCACCAUUGAUGAAGACUAGCAAGCUGAGUAACUCUCUAAAGUACCUUACACAAGCAUAUCUUGGGUAUGAUAUCCAUACUGGUAUUCAGGAUCCUUACGAGGACUGUGUAGCAGCAAUGAGGCUCUACAUCAGGAUGAGAUCACAAGCUCACCCAAGGGAUUACGCCUCCGGUUCAGGUGAGGCGCAGAACAACUACCCGGCCUGGAGGCAGAGGGAGCUGGAGAGGAUGAGCCCAGAAGAACUCCUGGCACUUUCAGCAUCAGACUACUAUUGCUGGUGCUUAGACUCCUGAACUGAUCGGCUAAAGAGAAUAAGGAUGGGCCAAUAUUGUUGGCUAAUUCAUAUUCCGUCCAUGGUAAUAGUCUCUUCAGACGUACAAUUAGUUUGGGAGUUGACUAUAGUGGGGAUAGCUAUAAUUUAUAUAGCAGGGGCCUUAUAUAUUGUAAUGAUACACGGCAAGAGGUUUUCCCCCUUUGUCUUAUGAAUGUAUAAAACGAAAAAGGCAGCAA